AUGGCUGGAAAUGCCGGCAACUAUCUAGAUUUGCCUUUUCUUCAGCCAGGGAGACAUGCUUCGACUUUCCAGUAUCUCGGUGGCGGCGAGCUGCCUCUUGCGGCCGACGACCCGCAGCAGUCGCCGCAGCAGCAGCAUCUGCAUCACCAGCAACAACAACAACAACAACAGCAACAACAUUACAAGUUCCAAGGCGAUCCGCAGCGACAACUGACCCUGAGACAAGCGCCAAUGCAUGCUCGAGUGGCUAUUGGCAAAGAAAAAGACCGCAAGCCGAUCGAUCCGCCUCCCAUCGUGCAGUUGUUGGACAAACGGCAUGAUGGCAAAAGCGGACUAUACGACAGCCCCUACCUGUUCAUGACAUCAAUGCUGGUCCCGGAAACGUAUGGCGAAGCGUCCAACGAUCAAGACGUGCCGUCAAAUUACCUGGUCGGGUCUCUCGCUUCGUCUAUUCACCGGCUUAGGGACACGGAUAAUGUCGAGGGCGGUUUCUUCGUCUUCGGGGACCUUUCGGUGAAGCGAGAAGGGAGGUUCCGGCUGCUGUUCACGCUGUACGAACGGGACCACCACAGCUCGAUGCCCAGUUUCAACUACGUAUCGGAGCUCGUCACCAACGUCUUCACGGUGUACCCGACGAAGCUCUUUCCCGGAAUGGCAGAUUCCACGCCGUUAACGCGGACGUUCAGCGACCAGGGAGUCAAGGUGCGGCUCCGCAAGGACUCGAGCGGCAUGGCGGCGAGAAAGCGGAACAGGAGCGCCACUGAAGCCACCGACAACUACCUCGAAAGGCAACCGAAACGCUCGUCAUACGACCGAGACUUGCCGCUGAGCAGCAGCAACUAUUCGCUUUCCACCGAUCUGAGCCACAUGGACCCGAUGGGCGGGAGCCACGGGGUGGUCAGCUCUGCGCCGCCGAGCGAUUUCAUAAACGCGCCGGACGCAUUAUCUACGACGAGAAGCGCGGGCAUGGACCUGCAGCUGUCGACCAGCGGCUACUACUUCGCGGGGCCGCAGUACUACUAA